AUGAAGGGGAGCACGGUCCACGAGCACGAGACCGACGUCCCCGCCUCCGACCUGUGGGCGAUCUAUGGCACGCUCCGCGCCGCCGAGCUUACGGUGGAGCUGCUCCCGCAUAUCCUGGCCAAGUUCGAGGUCAUCAGCGGCGACGGCGGCGUCGGUAUUCCGGGCCUGGAGAGUUACAAGGAGUUCACCAAGGUUGACAACGAGAACUACGUCAAGGAGGCGACGGUGAUCGAUGGUGACCUCCUGAAGCUGGGGUUCCUCUUCUACAUGAUACGGAUCGAGGUCAUCGCGAAGGGGCCCGGCUCGUCGGUGGUACGAACGACUGUCGAGUACGAGAUUGAUGACGCGCACCCGGAGCUUGAAGCUGUGGCGAGAGCGGCGCCUUUCGGUGUGAUCGCCGUGAAAUUAUCCGAGCAUGCCAAGGAGAAGAAGGUCAUCACUCAGGCAGCCUCUUGA